AUGAUGAAUACCACCACAGGUACAUGCUAUUCCUUAUUGUCGAGUUGCGAUCGUGGUCCAUGGCCACUAUGCUUAGAUUGGCGUGAAGUUUGCGAUCAGAAAAUCGAUUGUCUCAAUGGAGAAGAUGAACAAUGGUGUGAACUUUUGGAAACAACACAAUGUGUAGAAGAUGAAUAUCGAUGUCAUUAUGGUGGUCAAUGCAUUCCAUUCGAAUUCCUACGCGAUAGUCGACUCAGCGUCGAUUGUCUAGAUGCCAGUGAUGAACCAGAAUUCUACAGUGUGCCAAGCUAUCAGUCCUUUAAUUGGAAAUGUAUCAAUAUUUCGACUUUUCAAUGCGAGGAACGUACUGGACGGCAUGUUCGCUCGUUUCCGUGUGGUGAUGGAGAAUAUAUCUUGCGCAGUAUCAUGCCAGCACCACGAACUUUCUGUUCGAAUCGACGUGACUAUGAAUUGACUCGAAUUCUUCUCACAUCCUUUAAUUAUAUCCUCGAUGACCACUGUCGACAAGCAAUCUUCUGUGCACUGCAUAACAGUCGUAGUUUCGGUAAGGUAGAAACAUAA